AUGUUUGAAGAAUAUGAUAAAAAAUUGGGUACUCUUAAAACUUAUAUGUUUGGUAAGAAAGUAGUAAAAAUUGUUCCAAAGAAAAAGAGACGUGAAAGAGAUUUCUUCGAUAUUCUCCAUGAACAAACACUAAAAUUAGAGGAAGAACGAGAAAGAGAAAAAAUUAUCGCUCGUUUCAAACAAUCUUUAUCAACCACCAAAAGCACCAUCACUACUAAUUGUAACCAAAAAAAUCGUAAUAGAUUCUUGGAUGAUGAAAAUAUCAGAAUCAAAUAUGAACCACAUUUAACUGCAUUUCAACAAGCUAUAUCUUCUUCGUUAUCUUCACAGUCUUCUUCACAUUCGUUAUCUUCACCAUUGUUAACCUCAUUAUAUGAAGAUAAAUCAAAGAAACAUUAUUUGUAUUCCAUGGAAGAUUUAUUAAAAAGAGCUCGUUCCAUUGCCAUACCUUUAAAACUCAUUGAAUUUAAAAACGUAUACAUCCCAUUUAAUCCAAUAGUUUUAGCAUCAAAAGGUUGGGAACUUUCAUCAGUGGAGAAUAAAACUACUUUAGUAUUCAAAUGUGAAAGUUGUCAUAAAUGUUUUAAUCUCGAAGAUCACUCACUAGGAGAAGUCUAUAACAUUUAUAGUUAUGAAUCCCAGAAGAUACCCCAUUUGAGUGCUAAAUUGAGACAUAUGAUGAAUGAGAAACAUUCCAUGGAUUGUCGUUGGAAAAAUAAACAAUUCCCACUUCUUGAAGAAUAUUAUAUUGAUUACAGUCAAUAUAAAGUUCCAGGUAUUGGAUUCGAAAUUGAACGAAUAAGGAAUGAAUUAAUCAACAAUAAAGAAAGAUUAGAAUCAGCAUUCCCACCACUUACAAAUGAAUUGAUAGAAAAAUUUAACAAUUCUUCGAAUAAUAAGUUUACUAUUGUCUCACUUGGAGCAAUAUAUAAUUAUUUCAAAAUUGACAUGAAUUCAUCAUUAUUGCUUUUCUUAAGCUUAGGAUACGAUACAACAGCUAUUCCAAAUAUUAUGGAAUGUUCUAAAUGUUUUAUAAAAGUUGAUAUGGAGAAACUUAUUAACGCAACUGAUGUACAUAGGCACUUGAAAUGGUGUAGAUAUUCGAGAUACAAAGACUUGCUACGUUCAUUAACCAAAGUAAGUGAAAACAUCCCAUUACUUAAGGGAGAUAUAACAAUAGAGGAUAAGAUGCGUUAUUUUAAAGAUAAAAUUGGAUGGCAGAUAGACUCGGAUUGA